AUGCAACUCAAGAACCUGUUCAACGCCUCAGUGAUCGGUGGUGCUGUCCUGGCGGCCGCUCACCCUGGGCAGCAUGAGGAGCGUGUGUCCCCGGAGGUUCAAGCUCUCAAAAGGGAUGUCCGCCACGGAUUGAAGAAGUGCUCGACUCGCUUGGAGCAGAGCGGCUUGCAAGCCCGCGCGAAAGCCCGCCGUAAGUCUGUAGUUGAGAUGUGCUGCCGGCAGCUCAUGGCCCGAGACACUAGCGCUGUCUUAAGUAAGUCUCACAACAUGACUGGUAGUGCUUCCCCAUCUUCUGCUGAGGAAAUUUCCAAAAGUUCGGACGAGAAAGUCUGCCUUCUCGGUCCGAGUCUGGAGGGAGAGACCGGGCCGUACUGGAUUCCCGGAGAAAGAAUCCGUUCGAAGUUGCGGGAAAGCGAGCCUGGAGUGCCGGUAAUUGUGGAACAGCAAUACAUCGAUGUCAAUACAUGCCAGCCCAUUCCGAAUCUCUACACUGAAAUCUGGCGUACCUUUUUGCGAGGUGCUCAGAAGACCAACGCGGAUGGUAUCGUCACCUUUGACACCCUGUUUCCUGGUCACUAUGACAGCCGGACAACCGACUACCACGACAUCGCUCGUUUCAACGCCGCGCCACUUCCGAACAACACCCUUACUGGUGGAACGAUCCCACAUAUCGCGCAAAUCUUUCUGGGACCAGGACAUUAUCAAUACCGUGGGAGUCGAUCCACCCGUACAACACGAACGACAUUCCUAUCAACCCCCAAUGCUAAGGAUCGAGUUGUCCGGCAGGAGACCGAAGGCACGGAUGCGGACCCGAUGUUGAACUACGCUUACUUGGGUGACAAAGUGGAAGACGGCCUAUUUGCAUGGAUUACUGUGGUAGUCAACGUCUCUGCUGUCCAGUACCCCUACUACACCAACGUUUGGACGGCCAGCGGUUGA